CGAUAUGAAAACACUCGCAGUUUCUGUGACUAAUUGCAAUGUUUCGCUGGAUCAAUCAACAAUAGCACGGACGUCUUCUCUGGCACGAAGGUAACCUCUGAUGUUGCCAAUCCGGCAGAAAAGAGAAAAGACACUACCAAACUCCCCGCUAGACAAAGCACUGAAGGAUCCUCAUCUCUUCCCGCGAAGGACAUUGUUGGAAUCAUGAUAGGAGUUGCUGUACUCAUAAUUAUCUUCGUGUGGAUGUUCGAAGUUAGAGUCCGGAAUAACGCCAAGCGCGUAAAGCAAACUCGCGUAAGCAGCAACACUGCGUCCGGAAGUGUACCUCACGGACAACCAAAUACCAGUACAUCUCGCGGGCAAUCAAAUAUAAGCACGAUAACCCCGUAUACUGUAGAAUAUGCUUGGCCCAGGGAGUCAACGAUAUUGCCGUAUACCUUGAAACCCGAGCCUGGACCUCAGGAGAGAACACCAGAACAUAUCCCUUCCAAUCCUACAAUCACUGGCGGUGUAAACGCGUCCUCCUUAGGACUCUCAGACGCUCUAACGGAAAGACAGACCCGCCUUCUGGAUGAAGCUCAUAACAUACGGGAUGCUCUUAGCAUUAUGGAACAACAAAUGCCGGAAGCCAGUCUCUCAAAUGAUGAGAACACGGUCGGUGCACUUCAAUUGAGAGUCAGCGAGAUGAUGGACCGUAUGGCACGUUUGGAGGCGCAAUUAUACUCGGACUGGGCAAGAGGCUUGACGAAUGAACCUCCACCGGAAUAUGACGAGGCUGGUGAUAAUAGCACUACUCACAAUGAUAGAAGAUAGUUGGUUCACGCUCCGAGUAAUAGCACCAAGAGUGUAUGUUGAAAUGUUUCAUUCGCCACAGGGGAGCUCCAAAUUUACGCUGUCAGAAGGACAGGGUGGGACUAGAGCACAUUGUACUUCCUCCCAAAAUACGAGAAAAAUCUGUACCGUUUUGCGUCACAACAUCGCCUGGACCGAAUUUAAAUGGUGCAGCCUGAGGAAGCUGGAAUGCUUGUAUAGAAUCAUCGAAAUUUUGAUCAUCACUGUUCAAGGA